CAAAAAAAAAGAAAAACGAGGCGAAGAGGAGGGGCUUUCAAGGGAGAAAUAGAGGAGAAAGGGCUGGAUGAGAACGACAGACAGAGGGAGUGAUACAGGCAAGCGAUAAAGAAACACGCUGGAAGCCACAGCGACAGGCGAUAACGCGACGGUCUGCUCCUAAAUGCUCACUCCACCGGCCGCGGAGGAAUAACUGCAGCAAGAGACGGGAGGAUACAGAGGAAGCGGGAGAACCGGAGAGAAGAUGGAUGUACAGACGGAGAACAUGGACCCCCCACCUUGUGAAUCUCAGCCGAGUGGAAAAAUAAGGAAGGGAUUCAAGCUGUUUGGCAAACACAAGCCAGGUAACAUCUUCUCUAUUCGAAGCAAAGCCGACGGGAACAACAAGUCACCUGUGCCCAGGAGCAAGGCAGCGGAUGGAGCCUCGGAGGCUGCGGCGGAUUCUGAGCAGGAGCCGGACAAGGAGAAGGGACAGGAGGCGAGUGUGGCGGAGAGGCAGCAGGCGGAGGAGGAGCCGCUGGGAGAAGAUGGCGUUCUGGCUGCCGCCCCUGCUCGCACCUCCAUUUCUUCCGCCAGCUCCGCCAAGUCGCUCGGCUUCCUGUCGCGGCUGAGGGGGGGCAGGAGGGGCGCGGGCGAGCGCAGAGCCCACACCGUGUCCCAGCCCACGGGGCGGCAGCGCCGUGGACUCAAGGGCCUCUUCGGCAACGUCAGGUUCCGCUCCAAAGACAAGGACGACAGGGAGGACUCCCCCCCAAGCCCGCUCCUCAUGUCGUCCCGCGCCAACAGCGUGGAAAUCAUCAAGGAGGACCUCACGCUGACCCCCAGGUCCCAGCCGCGCUCUCUGGACAGCCCCGAGGCCGGGCCGGCCGGCGACAGCGCGGCCACAUCCCCGUCGGAGACCGCGACCCCCCGCGCGGCCGCAGGCGACGUGAGUAGAACCGAGCGCGCGUCCCCGCUGCCUGGCUGCGAGCUGCCGCUGGCACCCGGAGACACCAGCCUGAGCUCCCUGCUGGCAGACAUCUCCUCUCUCCUGACCUUUGACUCCAUCUCAGGGGGUGGAGACAUCAUGGCGGACGUGGAGGCGGAGUGGGGGAGAGUCAGCAGUGCCCUGAGCGCUGGAGUGCCGCCGCCGUCCACCUCUCCGCCUGUCAAACCGCCCCACGUCCCCGCGCCGGCGGCCUCCACUCACUACUUUGCUCCUCUAACCAAGUUGUCGACCUUCUCUCCCGCCGCCAAGCCGAGCUCCGGCAGCACCACGCUGACCCAGCCUCUGACCUCCACCCCUCCGUCAGUCAAACUGAGUUCAGACUCUACCGCGGUUUCUGAGACUUCUACCAGCGUUAGCCUGAAAUCAGCUCCCACCGCAACGAAACCUGCAGCCCACGUAGCAUUGACGAGCCCUUCUGCUCCCAUUACGUCUUCCUCUGCGGUAACAAUGAAGUCGACCCUGAGCUCCACUUCUCCAAACACUCAGGCCCCUGUCGUCACGGCGCCCUCGAUCAGCCCAACGCUGAGUGCAGCUACAAAACCAGCUUUGUCGAACGCGGCACCUGCACAAGUUCCCGCUUCAGCGGGUAAACCUGCCCCUGUGGCGACUCCAGCUCCUCCAGCCAAGCCUCCACCAGUAACCCACAGCCCCCCCACCCCUGCUCCAGCCUCUAAGCCGGAUUCAGUUAGCGGUUUCCAAACGUCCACUUCCUACAAACCUUCCCUAAACGCAGCUGCAGGGGAACCUAAAGCUCCGGUUACAGUAUCGGCCCGUGCUGAUUUGACCACACCCUCUUCUCCUGAACCAGUUUUCCCUUCCAAGACGACAAUAGCUCCCACAUCAACUGCAACCUCAGCCUCAGUAUCAGUGGCUCCUGCCAAAAGUACGAUGACUUCUACCAAAACAGAUGUGAAGACGCCUCCCUCUCUUGUCACUCUCUCGUCCUCUGCUCCAAUCACCACGGCUAAAGCUCAACCCGGCCCUCCAUCUGUUCCCGCGCCUCCCUCGGCUUCUUCAGAUAAGAUUUCUAGCAUGACAAAACCCACUCCUGCACCGGUUGCUUUAGAUAUGAUGCCCCCUGCUCCCACACCGACUCCAUUCGCUGCCGUUUCCCCAACGCCCCCUGAUCGAGGUCCGAUCCCACUUGUUCACUUUAAAGCUCCUCCUGCAUCUGUGUUGAAUAAUUCUUCUGCUCCUACUCAAGUUCAUGGUGAUCAGCCUAAGGCACCUGCUGCUCCGGCCCAGACCUCAGUACCUGUCUCUAAAGAGCAACCUGUUCCCACCCUGCUCCCAGGCUCUGGAUCUAAAGAACCUCCUCCUCCUGGUCACGUCCCGGCCUCUGUAUGUAAAGACCUUCACAUCCCAGCUCUGACCUCAGUCUCUCAUUCUAAAGACCCCUUUGUACCUGCCCACUGCCCCGUCGCUUCGCCUCCCUCUACCUCUCCACAUUGGUCAGCGAAAGGAAGUGGGCCAGCAGCAGUGGAUGGGCUGACGAGUCCAAGUAGCAGAGAUACUCACGGAGGCCAGGCUGUUUCGUCAAAAACGGAGAAAAUACAGAAUGAGUCACGAACAAGCCUGCAGGGUUCCAGAGAAAAGAAGGCACCUCAAGUAAAGGCAUCAGGACUUAGCAAAAUACCUGUGGUUGGAGGAGGCAGAGGGGGAAAGCUACCUGUCAGCCAGCAGGGUGACGAUGAGGCCAGCCGGGUCCCACCGUCCCCCGUCCAAGAGGAGAGGCCCCCAUUCUACUCACACGAUCCGGAGAGCAGAGAUAAGAUCUUUGCGGCUGAGGCUAAUGUGGCCACCUCGAAAGACGCCCAGGAGGGCAGUCAGCAGCCUCCUCAGCCGAAGGUCCCCGCCAGUUUACCGCGUGACUCCAAGAUCCCCGUCAAGCACAGCACGCAGUCUCACGCCGCCUCCCACAACCCGCAGGCAAAGGAGCCCCUGCGCUCCAAGAUACCUGUGUCCAAGGUCCCCGUGCGGACGGCCGCUAAGCCUGCAGCUGCUGGAGGGAGGAAAUAAAUCACCGCUCCCAUCACAGCCUCGACUCGACUCGACCGCAGGGUUCGUCAAACUUACUUUACCGGAUCACAGUUUUUUCCCCAUCGCAUUCUUUCGCCGCCGUCUCUUCGCUACGCCACAAGCAGCAGGGUCGAGGGUUCCGACGGCCCUCAAGCACAAACACCCCCGCGGGGAGCUGGAGCAACAAGGUGCUGAGCCGACUGGACACGCACUCAGGAAAGGUCCAGGGUCACGCCUGGACACACAGCAGCACCGGUGACUGAGGAGGAGCAGGAUCAAUUCCAGACCACAUUCACACACACAACAUGGACACUGCGGUGCUGCCUGCGGGGACCGGCCCCCUGCCCCAAAUAUGCCUCCCAGCACCCACAACGCAGCGAUGCCGCGAUCUGUGCGCGUUUGCGUCCGCAUCUGCAUCUGCAUCUGCCUCCGGAGACACAACGUGCCUCUUCAGGCCUGAAUUUAGCCAGUUUCAGGCUGCGUUUCCAUGCCAACCCCACUAGGUCAACCAAUGAGGGGCUGAGGUGUCAGAGGGAGGAGCUUCAGUUCAUGAGCAUUCUAAUGAGCACAGUCACGGUAUACAUGCUAAUUAGACACACAAUUAUUACCUUCAAGUCACAUUUUUGACAGACGUAUAUUUUGUUAAUCUGUUUAAUGAGCACACUGUCACUUUAGUUCACACACUUAACCAGUGGUGGGGUGUAACAAUGUGCAGUAUAGUAUACUUAUAUUUUUAUUUUAUGAAACUUUAUAUUUGUGCUACACACAUUUGUGUCAGAUUCAAAAAGAAAUAUUCACAAUGUUUGACUCUUUUCUCACCCUUUGUUAAAUUUUAGCAAAACGAUGUAUGUAUGUAUGAAUCUGAAUAGACACCAAAGCAGGUCAACAGUCACCGGAUGUCACAUUUGAUAAGACAUUAAACUGCUUUAGAGGUGCAUUGUGCAGCCACACAUAUUAAGGUCACUUAUUCCCAUGGGAAGAGAGAUGGCCAAGAAAAAAACCCACCAUUUGCCAUGUUGGGAUUACACGUAUCCCAGUUUAAGGUAAAAACAGUGUGAAAUAUGAACAAAGGCAGAUCAUUUGACCAGUCUGAUUACUAAUCAAAAUAUUUAUUAUGGACUGAUUCAUUGAGUAUAAAAACCUCUAGCAUUGUGUCAGUCACAAACAUAAAUGUGCAUAUACAAAAUAUGAAAAGUAUUCAUUAUAAAUAUGUUAAUGCCAUUUUUGGUUCCGAAGCUUCAAAGUGAACAACAGUUUGGGGAUGAGAUGUUUUCCUGUGUUUAACUAAGACUAUGUGCGACUCAUCUGCACCGUCUGCACUGCAGCUGGGUCUGUGCACGGCACCCAGCCAGCACAGGGAGAACACUGUUAACCAAAAACAUGGUCGUCCGGUAGGAAAGUAAACUUCCACUAUCAAAAGCAAUCAAUCUGUUACAAACAGUCACAUAAGUUGCUCAGUUACAUGGAUUCUAUAAAGCAUUUGAGACAAAUGUUGGUUCUACACAUGUUUUAGUUUGCUCUCAAAAAUAAAUCUCAAGCUUGAUA